CACACCCCUUCUCUUCAUUGGCAACUGCUGCACAAACCAUCAAUACAUCAACAAAUUAAACAGCUUCAACAAUAUCAAUACAUUCAUACAAUCACUCAAAAACUUGUCUGAAAAUUUUAUGGAGUUCACUAGCCUGCUCAACAGCUCACUGGAUCUGAACUCCAAGCCUCUGAGAUUCAUGGAUGAGUCGCCGCCGCAAGUGAAACAACAAGUGCUUGAGAGCAGCUUCAUUGGCUUGGGAAGAAAUGUUGUGAAUGUCAAGGAAGAAAAGGGGGCUUUGAUUGAGGAGCUGAAUAGGGUGAGUGCUGAAAACAAGAAGCUGACUGAAUUGCUGACAGUGAUGUGUGAGAAUUACACAGAGCUGAGGAACCAGUUGGUGGAGCAGACAAGCAAGAACGUGAUGAAUGGUGGAGUUGAAAACAGCAACGCAGCAUCAAGAAAGAGGAAGGCAGAGAGCAGCAACAACAACAACAUUGAUGUGUUGAACGUUGGUGCAUCCGAGAGCAGCUCCAGCGAUGAGGAGUCGUCCAAGAAGCUAAGAGAAGAGCACAUCAAGGCCAAGAUUUCGCGCGUUUGUGUCCGAACAGAAGCAUCCGAUACAAGCCUUAUAGUGAAGGAUGGAUAUCAAUGGAGGAAAUAUGGGCAGAAGGUGACAAGGGACAACCCUUGCCCAAGAGCCUACUUCAAAUGCUCUUUUGCUCCAACCUGCCCUGUCAAAAAGAAGGUUCAAAGAAGUGUGGAAGAUCAAUCAAUAUUGGUUGCAACUUAUGAAGGGGAACACAACCAUCCUCAGCCAUCAAAGGUUGAGUCCAACACCUCUGCCUCAAACAAGAACUCGAAUAACUUAGGCACCGUGCCAUGUUCGACUUCUGUUAGCUCGACUCCUGCCACCGUCACCCUUGAUCUCACUAAGCCGAAGACGGUCCAGCAAGAAUCGACGAAUGGGAGAAGCACGCUUGGUUCGCCGGAGAUGCAGCAGUUCUUGGUUGAGCAAAUGGCUUCUACCUUAACUAAAGAUCCCAACUUCAAAGCGGCUCUUGCAGCGGCUAUUUCGGGGAAGUUUCUUCAGUCCAAUAAUUAGAUGGAGAAAUGGUAGGGAUAGUGAGAUGAGUGUUGUGUAGAUUCAUGUUCCAAAUCGAACUUGAAACAACCUCAAACUGCAUCUUCAUAUACAGAGACAGAGUUGAGACAAUUUGUGAUUUGUUGGCAUUGUUGUAAGGGGAAAGAGAUUCUUCAAAGGAUUUUUUUUAUGAAAAGUUGUUUAGAUUAGAUUUUGAAAGAUGUGAAUAAAUUUAUUUUUGGGGUUUAA